AUGGAUGUAAGAGCAGCUAUGAAGAACCAAACCGAAGUCGCGAUGAUCCUUUCCCGGCACUUCUUAACUUCCGCGCCGAAAGACUCUAACAUCAUCUUCUCACCGGCGUCAAUAAACUCAGCGAUCACCAUGCACGCCGCUGGUCCCGGCGGUGAUGUAGUCUCCGGUCAAUUCCUCUACUUACUCAGAUCUUCUUCAAUCGAUGAGCUCAAAACCGUCUUCCGAGAACUAGCCUCCGUUGUCUACGCCGACAGCAGCGGCAGCGGUGGCCCAAAGAUAACGGCGGCGAAUGGCCUCUGGAUUGAUAAAUCACUUCCCACUGAUCCCAAGUUCAAGGAUCUAUUGGAGAACUUCUUCAAGGCUGUUUACGUUCCAGUAGAUUUCAAAUCAAAGGCUGAAGAAGUGCGUAUAGAGGUGAAUUCAUGGGUUGAACAUCACACCAAUAAUCUCAUCAAGAAUCUUCUUCCUGAUGGAUCCGUGACAAGCCUAACCGACAAGAUUUACGCAAACGCAUUGUAUUUCAAGGGAGCUUGGAAGAGACCAUUUGAAAAGUUCUAUACAAAAGACAGAGACUUCCACCUUGUCAAUGGCACUACAGUCUCUGUGCCAUUCAUGACCAGCUAUGAGAACCAAUACGUAAGAGCUUAUGACGGUUUCAAGGUCCUCAGGCUCCCUUACCGACGAGGCAGCGAUGAUACUAAUCGUAAAUUCUCAAUGUAUUUCUAUCUUCCGGACAAGAAAGAUGGAUUGGAUAAUCUUGUGGAGAAAAUGGUAUCUACACGUGGAUUCUUGGAUAGUCACAUUCCGACAUACAGAGAUGCACUUGAGGAAUUUAGAAUUCCAAAGUUUAAGAUCGAAUUCAGUUUUUCUGUUACAAGCAUUUUGGAUCGAUUGGGACUGCGUUCAAUGUCAAUGUACCAUAAAGCUUGUGUCGAGAUUGAUGAAGAAGGUGCUGAAGCUGCGGCUGCUACUGCUGAUGAGGGUCAAGGUUGUGCUCUUGAGUUCGAGGAGCCUCCUAAGAAGAUAGAUUUUGUGGCUGAUCAUCCAUUUCUUUUCUUGAUUCGAGAAGAAAAAACUGGAACCGUUUUUGGUCAAAUCUUUAAUCCUUCGGAAUCUUGUUCGGGAGCUAAUUAUUCGGACUCAGAUGACUAUUAAGCGGGUUAUGGUUUGGUGGAAUGGAAGAUUAGUCUACUUAGGUUUGGCUAAUGUGUUUUGGCAAAAU